AUGACUACUACUUUCCUUACCGCUCCCAAAAUUCACGAAAUUGGACUAGCAGAAGUUAAAACUAUUCACGAAAGAAUGGAUAAACUUUUAAAAUCUGCUGGUUUUGUUGGAACUCGGCAAGAAUACGCGCAAAAACUUCACCGCGAACCAGAAUAUUUUUAUACCAAAAGAGAAGAAAUAAUUCAAGGUUAUCAAAAACUCGCUGAAAAAAUUGAACCUAAUUUAUCCUUGCUUUUUGAGAAAAUUCCACAACUGGGCUACAAAAUAGAACCCGUGCCAGAACAUUCCGAAAAAUCUAACCCGGCGGCCUAUUAUGUACCAGGGACCAUCUCUACCCAAAGACCGGGGAUUUUUUUUGCUAAUACUUAUCAGCCUGAAAAGCGCCCCAAAUGA